AUGAGGACCAGUAAGCCUGAGAAACAGAUCAACGGGAAAAGGGGUCCUGCUGAAUUGCAGUCUCAGUCUAUUAUCAUUGAAGACUGGCACGACGAACCCUACCCGUGUACCGCUCCAAAAUGCUUCGAGAUAGUCAGGAUCGUGGAAAAUUUCAAAAAGAUUCCCACCGACUACAAACUUCCGAUCGGGCCUAAAUUCGAGUUCUACGCUGUCGUGAUCGAGGAGCUGAAGGCGCAGCGAGAGGUUAUGGCGCUUGAUUCAGAAAUCAUUACGAAGCAGCUCUCCGACUUGUUCGACAAGUGGAACAGCAAGCCAGAUCUUCGCUCAGAUGAUGGGGCCAUCAAUGCUGUCGCUAAAAUGAAGAUCUACACGGACGCUUGGGCGAAGACGAUUGAGGAAAUCGAGGGGCUGAAGGUUGCUGGAAACCAGCAGCUAAUUUCUUCGAAGGCAAACAAAGCUUCACAGGCAUUCAAGAGUAAGAAGUGA